AUGUCACUCGCCAAAGCUUUCUUCCUCGUUGCCUCGUCCGCAUUCUAUACGGUUGCAAUCACUCCGCCUCAGCCUCGCGUUCUCAGCAAUGCCGUAUACAAGGGUCAGGCUUACGAGUACAUAGUGCGGUACAUAGCAUACACGGCCGGUGUGAUGAUGAUGACCGUAUCAUUUCUCCACGCCUUCCUUCUUGCAUACCCUGGCGUCCAGUCCCUACCUGUCACGCCACUCAUCUGCCCGGCCACUCCUUCCCAAGCGCAUCUUGCCACCUUCUCCGCGUCCUUCAUCGCAGGUGUUGCUAUCCUCUCGUCCGGGGCAUUCAUCCGCCUCUGGUCCUACCAUACCCUCGGCAGCCUGUUCACGUUCGAAGUCGUCGUCAAAGACGACCACAAGCUCAUUACCGCGGGUCCGUACGGCUACGCCCGCCAUCCGUCCUACACUGGCAUGAUCCUCCUCACCAUUGGCGCGUACUUCAUGUACUUCGGCACAGGCGGGUAUGUCGCGGAGUGCGGCAUUGAGGGCACUCCGGCGCUGGCUGUCCUCGGCUGGUCAUGGCGUAUCUCAUCCGUGUUUGGGUUUGUAUCGCUGUAUCGCAGAUGUAGCGUCGAGGAUACGAAGCUCAAGACCCAUUUCGGUGGAGAGUGGUUGAAGUAUAGGGAGGAAGUGCCGUACGCCCUGGUCCCGUACAUAUUGUAA